AGAAGCCUGCACCUGGCUGGAGGGCGCAAAGCCCGGGCCCCGCGGUGCACGGUGCCCCGCGGAGGUGAAGGGUGAGCGGCGGCACCUUGGCCACGCGGUCUGAGUUCUGGCUCCGGCAGGUCUCACCUGCGGGGCCGCAGCCAUGAGCCUGGUGGCCUGCGAGUGCCCGCCCGGCCCUGGGCAGGAGCCCAAGCCCUGCUCACGAGCGCAGUCCCAGGCCCGGGUGUACCUGGAGCAGAUUCGCACCCGGGUGGCCCCGGGAGCACCUGACGUGACCAAGCGUGACUACCUGGUGGAUGCAGCCACGCAGAUCCGGCUGGCCCUGGAACGUGACGUCAGUGAGGACUACGAGGCAGCCUUCAACCACUACCAGAACGGCGUGGACAUUCUGCUGCGAGGCAUGCCCUUCGACCCCAACAAGGAGCGAUGCGAGGCCGUAAAGCUGAAAAUCACCAAGUACCUGCGGCGGGCAGAGGAGAUCUUCAACUGCCACCUGCAGAGGACACUGGGCUGCGGGGCCAGCCCCGGCACGGGUUUCAGCAGCCUGAGGCUCCGGCCCAUCCGCACUCUGAGCUCUGCCCUGGAGCAGCUGAGGGGCUGCAGGGUGAUCGGGGUCAUCGAGAAGGUGCAGCUGGUUCAGGACCCAGCGACUGGAGGGACCUUCGUGGUGAAGAGCCUGUCCAGGUGUCACCUGGCGAGCCGGGAGCGGCUGACCAUCAUCCCGCACGGCGUCCCCUACAUGACCAAGCUGCUGCGGUACUUCGUGAGUGAGGACUCCAUCUUCCUGCACCUGGAGCACAUCCAAGGAGGCACGCUCUGGUCCCACCUGCUCUCCCAGGCACGCCCCCAGCAAUCUGGGCUCAGGCCUGACUCCAGCCUGGAGAGGAUGAAGGCUCAGCUCAACGCCCACCUCAGCCUCCGGACCCCAGCGUUGCCGCCCCCGGGCCACACCCGCCUGCAGGACAGAGUUCCCCUGGGGCCUCCUUGGACUCGUCAGAGCCUUCCCCCAGCCAGGGAGGCCCCAUCCAGCAGACCCCAGAGAGAGGAGAAAGGUGAACCCUCAGCCAGAACCAGCACUUCCUGCUCCUCGGACCUUCCGAAGGCCCCAAGUGGCCGCCUACACCUCCAGUCCCGGCGAGGACCUGGCCAGAACUCAGACACGGGGUCCCCUUGGGGCCUCCCUUGGGUCCGUGAGGGGGCUGGCCGGGUGCUGGGGGGCUGUGGCCGAGGUAGAGGUCAGAGUUGCCCCUCAGUGCACAGGGCCAGCCUGGGGCCUGGCGGGGGCGCCUGGAGUGUGAGGGAAGAGCAGGUCACACAGUGGGCGGCCGAGAUGCUGGUGGCACUGGAGGCGCUGCACGAGCAGGGGGUGCUGUGCCGGGACCUCAAUCCCCGGAACCUGCUCCUGGACCAGGCAGGUCACAUCCGGCUCACAUAUUUUGGCCAGUGGUCCGAGGUGGAGCCCCAGUGCUGCAGGGAGGCUGUGGACGGCCUCUACAGCGCUCCAGAGGUGGGUGGGAUUGCCGAGCUCACCGAAGCCUGUGACUGGUGGAGCUUUGGGUCUCUGCUGUAUGAACUGCUGACUGGAACGGCCCUGUCCCAGAGCCACCCCUCAGGGAUCCAGCCCCACACCCAGCUCCAGCUGCCCGAGGGGCUCAGUGGCCCCGCAGCCUCCCUGCUGACUGAGCUCCUGCGGUUCGACCCCAGCCAGCGCCUGGGCACUGGCAAAGGCGGUGUCAGCAGACUCAAGGCCCACCCCUUUUUCAGUCCUGUCCAGUGGAGCACACUGGUGGGGUAAGAGGGAGCGGAGUGGGCGAUGGAAGUGGCUGCACUGGUCUGGAUCUCCUCUCUUGGCCCCCAGAGCCGGCCCCUCCCAUCAGUGGCCCUCUGCGGAGAAUGCAGGGCAGCUGCGCCUCCUGCUCCGACCCCUCCCUUGGGCCGCUUAAGUGAUCAUCGCCCUGGCCCAGGAGGGGCGAAGGGGUCUCCCCACCAGCUUU